CCUCGGCGCGGGAUCGCGGGAUGGUGGGCGUCUCAUCCGUGCGAGCAAUGGGUGUCUGUCGAUCUCUCCUUGCCGUGUUGAAGCCUGUUUAUUUUGCACUCCACUGAGGUACAUUCGUCUCCAUUGCCAUCAACGUAUCCACGAGCACGUGGACAAAAUGACCGGUGUACAUCUUUGAGGGAUGUGAACUGAUGGCGGAAGGCCAGGUGGAACUUCCUCGCAGCUCCUCCCAGGGGUUCAUAAUGUCAUCAGAUCCCCAGACCAAUGGGACACGCACUCCCCCAUCGCCAACGUCUGAUCACGAUGAGACGCAUCAUCCCCUGGGGUGCAACACCAGCACCCCUGUCGCAGAACCCAAAGAGACAGAGAUGCUUUCAAAAACUAGCUCUGUUUCAAAGACUCAGUCCCCCGUGCCCCGUUGGCCACCAGCGGGAUCGAGACGCAGUGCGUCGGAUGGUGCGGUUCCGGACUACUCCAUCUCCCCAGUACUUGACACAACUACUCCUGAGAGGUGCCGGAGUCACUCCGACUCGGAUGAGCGAGCGGCAGGGCUGCGUGCACGCAUCAACGAGAAAUACGACCAGCUCGAGAGAGAACUGCGACCGAACCGCGGGAGGUUCCAGAGGGCAACAAAUGGGGACAGCAGUAGCAGCAGUAGUCCGACGACGGAAGGUCCAGAUAGUCCGGCGGUUAUGCGUCUGAGUGAUUCCCGCGAUGGAGACCUUGCCUUAGAUGGGCAGCUAACAGCAGAUGACACAUGUGUGCUGAGUAGUGGCAGUCCAGCCUUGACAAUGGUGGAACUGAGGGCCAGCGACCCCCGCCAGACAAGGAGGCCGCGUAGCGUCUCUGUAGCCGAAGUCAAGGAGCUGGCAUAUGCCAGGCUACAGGCAGAGCUGAAUAAGGCUCAGCAGGAACUGAAGCUGAAGGAUGAGGAGGUCGCAAGAUUGAGUCAAAUCCGUGAUGAGGUUGGGGCAGAGUUGGAGGACUUGACAGCCAGCUUAUUUGAGGAGGCUAACAACAUGGUUCGUGAAGCCAACAUCAAACAGGCUGCUGCAGAGAAGAGGCUAAAGGAGUCCAAUCUCAAGAUGGAAGUGCUCCAAGCAGAGGUGCAGGCACUGAAGACCCUCAUGAUAACGUCCACACCAAGCCGUCCCAACCCUCACCUCCACCCACAGCUGGGUAAGAGUAAUAGCGGUGGAGGACAUAGAAGGUCGCCGUCCAACUAUGAGCUCAGCAGCAUUUCCUCGCUAGCACGACGUUCACCCCCAACCCAAUCCCCACCACCUCCAAACCCAAACCACGUGGCAAACGAAUACGUUGACUUCAACCCUGAGCAGUACGAGGUUGAUCCUGUGUACCACAAAGAAUUCGUAGCAUGGCGGCAGAAUCCUCAGCUGGAUCCCAGCGACCCUUUUCUUGCGAGGAUAUAUCAGGAGGAUAUCAUUCCUUGCCUACACUUUGCAGCCUAUGAUUUAACCCAAGAGGUUCUGAAGGCAAUUGAAAACAAUUCCAUCACUAUUGAAGCUGUGAGUGGCAACAGUCCCUUUCCAAAGAAAUGCUCUCUCCUUGAUGCUCCCCGGUUGUGCAAGUAUCGUAUGAAGCUUGGAGAUUCCUCUAGCUGGCAUUACAUCUCCCAGUUGUGUAGAAAUAGGAUAACUUCGGUGUGUGAUUUCUUCUGUUACCUCAGGUAUAUUCAGCAAGGACUAGUUCGAAAUGGAAUUCACGAAGUGUACUGGGAGGUGAUCCGGAGACGAAGGUCCAUCGCGCUCGCUCGACUCGGAAUUUGUUUGACAUCACAGACACUGCCAAAAUACAAGGUUGCCUAUGCCUCACCAAAACAGAACUGCAGUAAUAGCGAAGUGAGUGGGUGGUUUUCAACUGGACCUGGAAAGUGUGUGCUUUCACCAGGGGCACUCUGGCAGUCCUUCAUCAAAUGAAACUCUGAGGCAACCCUUGUGCUGGAGAGAACCGCUUUGUUUGUAUAAAUUGUCUCAGUUGAAAAAUAAAAAUGCUGGGACAGACCAUUUACAUUCUGUGGGGCUCUACUACCCUGUUCUCCUGAACUAGCAUUUGUGUCAACAAUGCAUACACCUGCAACAACUAUGAUGAGCUCUUCCUAGAACACCAAGCUGUUUGUACAUUAAGUUGUUGGUAAUAUUAUGCAUUUCUAAGUAUUGUAGAAAAAUCAUUAUCAAUAGCGAAAGCAUGAUGUUGCUUAAUGCUGCUGUACAGAAUUGUCCCAUCCUGCGACAACCAUCACUUGUCACGUGCUUACGAUUGUCAUGUUGCACAACUAUCUUCUACUCAGCAUGCAGUCCCACAUUUUAAUGCGUCAGUAUGUGACAGACAGAUGAGUAGUUCCCACUAGAAGACAGCAGAUAUGGGCAGCGGAGAGAAGCGUCAAGCUAGAAAGUUUGGAAUGCCGAGCUUUCUUCGUGGCAUUUGUGAGACCUUGCAAGACCCCUUGACCAACGAUGUGGGGCUUAUUGAAAGGAAAGCCAACUAAGCUUGAAAUACGUCAACCGUUAGGCAUUGCUGUCGAUGUCAGUGUCCAUAUUCAUGUUUUUUCGCAUUGGUACGUGGCAGUACAUAUCGUAAGAACAUCACAUGCCUCCUCGGUCAAUAAAACGUAGAAGGGCGUCACUUAAUGAUAAAACCCUCGUACCUGAAUUGGCGAGAUAAAUACACAUUACUAUGCACGAAAUGAUACAUAAACUAUCCAACUACUCUCUUCAGAUAGUUAACACAUUUAUGGGUUCACGCAGCAACUCUGUCGUACCAAACUACAAUAUUUGUGGUUGAACCUUUUAUUUGUACAUGUAAUGUGUUACUUCGUGUUGUAACCUUUAAAAUAUCAUAGUCUAUCACUUGAGCAAGCCAUUUUGCUUGUUUCCAUUAUAUUCUUGAGUUUGCUUAAGUGAGGCAAGUUGUACAGAAUUCAUAAAAUAUUUAUACAGAGGCAUUUAUUUACAACUGUUGCUCUGGCUUAAUGUACAAGCUCAUAUAGUACACACAAUGACGUUGAUUAUGGCACGUGUUUUGUAUGUAAUGGCGCAGCGUGUGAAUGUCCUUUAGUGCAGUUUGCAUUGAAGGUCGACGGAAAUAUAGGAAGAGUGUGGUUUUGUGGGCUAACUACAAUUUUGUGCUGUCCGGUGCCAAUGUCUUCAUAUGACGGUUGCAUUGCAGCAUUUCCUGUUGUAAUAAAUACUUCUAGUCUCUCCUGUACGAGCGAGGCAUAUGCUGAAAAAUGUACUACAUUUCUUAAAUCGCGUGGCGACUUUAGAGCUUUCGCGAUCGUUGCAUUAGGAACGUGCAGACUGUAAAUAUGCUACGCUUCAUCUAUAGUAUGCUGAACUGUACAGGUAAUGGUCCGGUUUAUUGAUGUUACUUGCGACAUGCGUUUAACUUGUAGAGAGUGAUAUUUCUUUUACAUUCAUUGACAUAUCUACGCAUAAUGUUGCAACCUGCAAGCGAGACGGUUGUCCCAUUUUUGAAAAAUAAAGAUGUUACAUAAUGUU